AUGCGUUUCUUGAUCAGCCCGGGUACUCCAUCCGGCGCGUCUCGCGGCGUAGACCGGCACAGCUUUGAAUCGACAACAUCGGUUUCAGGUUACUCUGCUGCAAGUAACAAAUCAAACUCAGAGAUCACCCCAGAUGGAACGCAGCAUCAAUUCGGAGGCGAGGAUAUCUAUUCCAGCAAAACCCAAAUCAGAUUCAACUCGCCUGAGUUGGUGCUCAGUGCAAAUCACGUUAUCACCAACAAACCACGUAUCCUUAAUUACACAUUUGUUGUAACUAACCAAACCGGUGCUCCCGAUGGAUUUUUGAGGAGCAUGUUGGUAAUCAAUGGCCAGUAUCCUGGUCCUCUCAUCGAGGCAAACGAGGGUGAUACAAUCAAUGUUUUGUUGGUGAACCGCAUGAACUACCCAGUGUCUAUACAUUGGCAUGGCAUACAUCAAAAGGGAACUCCUUGGGUUUGUGCUCUCUUCUUACUGAAGAGCCAAGUAAUCCGGAAAAAUAGACUGAUUUUCGAUGUUUCCAUGGGAUUCCAAGAUGGAUGGUGUUUCCGGAUUUCUUCUGUUUCAGGAGUGACAGAAUGCCCAAUUCCACCUGGCGUCUCGUUCCAAUAUUCGUUCAAGAUCGAUGGGCAAUUUGGUACAUUUUGGUAUCAUGCUCACACACGCAAUCUGAAAGCAGAUGGGAUUGUAGGCCCUCUCAUAGUGCACAGCACCCGUGAUCCAUUGGUCCGGGGCAGAGAUUUCGAUGAAGAGAUGAUCGUCGUCGUCAGCGAUUGGUACCAUGAUACGAGCACAUUCAUCCUGGGUGAGCAACUGUCCACAAGAGGAUACAAUGGAAGUUUUGCUGCUCCAUCACCCAAUUCAGCGAUUUUAAAUGGGGUUGGAUAUUUUGAUUGCCAAAGAUACGCACCUGGGGCACAAUGCCAAACCCGUUCUCAGCCAUUGGAGCUCCUAGUCAAACCGAAUUCCAAGACGAGACUCCGGUUUAUCCAGUCAAGUUCACAUGCGCUCUUCAGGAUAUCGGUUGAUAAUCAUCCCUUGGACAUCAUUGAAGCCGAUGCGACCCCGGUCCAAAACCGCUUUCAUAUGGACCGUGUUCAAAUUCACGGAGGAGAGAGAUACAGCCUUGUCCUCAACACCGCGAACGACCAAGAGGGCGAUGCCUUCUACUUGAGAGCCGCUAUCGAUACCGAUUGUCUUGCGUGGAUUGCUCCGGGGUUGGAUACCCCAUCAGGGAACACAGCUAUGGCAGUUAUUCGAGUGACCAAUCAAAAGAGUCUAUCCGGGGCUUCACUUCCACUACCAAGGAGUUCAGAUUGGCCUUCUAGUUCGGUGGGGACAUGUUACGACGUCGACAGCUCAGCACUGGUUCCCAGGGUAAAGCCACCACCCAUGACAGACAUCGUGGGAAGGGUCUUUUUCAAUGUCAGUUUCGGGACGAUUGUAGUUGCUGACCAAGUCACAGCUUCAGAGCGAAGAGUACUCGGACGGUUCUUUGUAGACAACACAACUUACAUUGCACGACUCCAAAGACCUCUCCUUCACCACAAGUUGCAAGGCGGUCAAGGCUGGCUGAAUGCCUCGGAAGUAGCCCAUGAAACCUUGCCAACCCCCGGCGUUUGGGAUAUUGUGAUUAAUAAUUUGGAUCCAACACGCGAACACCCAUUUCAUCUUCAGACACCAGUUUGCAGAGACGUACAUGUGCUCCCGGGAAACACGUACAAUGUUUUGAGAGUGCAAGCAUAUAACCCAGGUGUUUGGUUCUUCCAUUGUCAUCUGGGUUGGCAUCUCGGAGCAGGAUUUGCCGGAGUCGUCGUUUUGCAACCGGAUGUCCUAGCACAAAUGCAGCUUCCACCAGAUAGUCGAGCGUUGUGUCAGGCGCUUAUCGCUAUGGUCUGA